UAUGCCGCGUCACAGCGGACGCGACGCGCUGACAUGGUUACACAGCCGCAGUACGCAGACUCAUACGCCGCCGCCGCCAAUCGAUCCGCACGAAGCCGACGCCUAAACGUCGUGUGCACUGUGCGAACGGUACGCGCAGCAUAUUUUAUUGAACGUCCAAUACACCAUCGCUCGGCGUCCGACGUACACACGAUUCUCGUCCCCCCCCCUCCCAACCGUUCAUCCGUUGUGUCGCGUUUCCGUUUCGUUGAAUCGAUCAACCGCUCACUAGACAUCGUAACCGUGUUUUAUUAUUUGCGUGCAAGCCUUUAGCCUUUGCACGCCCGCCAUUGCCAUUAUAGUCCGAUUCGGUCUGUACUGAUCACCCUCAUACACGGGCCGGCUACCGCCAUCACAUAUGCCGCUGUCGUAACGCGUCGCGGUGGCCAUCACUUCGGGACGUAGCAUCACCAUGGCAGCCGUCGAGAUCAAACCCAAUUUCGUGAAAAGCGUCUCCUGCUUUAUCAAUGAUUUAUCUUACCGUGAAGCUGUGGAGAAUUCUGUAAAUUAUAAUACAAGAUUAUGCAUAGAACGGCGAUUAAGAAUGCCAUUUUUGGAUACCCAAACAGGUGUAGCUCAAACACAUUCAAGUUUAUUGAUGCUGGAACGACAACGCAUGCCUGGGUUAAAUAACGGUCAAGUAUAUACAUACCCUUCCAAAAGGUGGAAGAAGAAAAGAAGACAAUAUUUGUUAAAUACCUGCAAUAGCAGCUCUGUAAAUUCCUCUGUAUUCAAUUCUUCUGGAAGACGUAAAGAAUCUGGUUUAGCAAGUGGUGGUGAUUCUGGGGAUGGAACUAAUUCAUUUAAUAUUGAUUUACAUACUGGAGACAGUCAAAAUGCAAUUUCAAACAAUGAAGAUAGUAAAGAUAGCCUUGGAACAAAUACCAUAGUAUCUAAAGAUGAUCAGACUAACCAAAAUAGUUCAAACACUAAAGUAUCUUCUGAAUGGUAUUAUGAUGAAUUUGAAAUGCAAGAAAUCGAAGGAUUUGAAGAACCUGAUGCUGAUUCAGAUUAUGAUUAUGAAGAGAGUUACACUAAACGAAAAAGGCGGAAAAGUGGGAAACCUGGUCGUAACAGUACGAAUAAUGAAAGUACAAGUGGUCGGCGCAGUACAAAAGGUUCAACAUCUGGAAGAGGAAGAAAAAAAGGAAUGAGUGGUUUCAUUGAUCUUCAAGACCCUGAUAAACCGUAUGCAUGCGACCUAUGUGGAGCUCGUUACAAGACUCGACCUGGUCUUACUUAUCAUUACACUCAUUCACACAAGGAAAAACCUGCUGCCAAUAUACCUGUAGCAGAUGAAGAGGCCAGCCAAGAGAGUGGUUUAGUAUCAACCCCUGUGUCUCCACAAACACAACAGUCUCAACCAUUUGAACAACAACAAACUACAACAGGUUGGAGCAAAUUCCAGGACAGUUAUGUCACCUUCCUUAAUGCCCCUGGUCCUUCAGGCAGCAACAAUACACCCGUGGCGUCUCCUGCUCCUCACUCAAAAAGAGUUUCAGCUAGGAUGUCAAACCAUCAAAACAAUGCUCCACUGGUGACAUUGAAUCCAAAUGAAGCCGCUUCGAGCACGGCAAGUUCAACUUUUCCAUCAACUGCUACUCCAACAAAAACUUCACAUAACAAAGCGGUUUCAAGAGAAGGAUAUACUAAAACAAAGUCUGGAGGCAAUAAUAAAUCUGCAAAUCCAUCACCGUAUUGUGAUUUUUGUUUGGGCGAUGAAGUAUCUAAUAAAUCUGGUCAACCAGAAAUAUUGAUUUCUUGUUCGGACUGUGGCCGUUCAGGCCAUCCAACAUGUCUGCAAUUUACCGCAAAUAUGAUCAUUUCUGUUGGAAAAUAUCGCUGGCAGUGCAUCGAGUGCAAAUGUUGUUCAAUUUGUGGAACAUCAGAUAAUGAUGAUCAACUUUUGUUUUGUGAUGAUUGUGACCGUGGUUAUCAUGUGUAUUGCUUAACACCACCACUUACAUCACCACCAGAAGGUUGCUGGAGUUGUAAACUAUGCAUCAAAGAAUUCCAUUCAAAAUAAUUAAUGUCUAUCCUAAAAAGAAUUUUUUUUAACUUAUCAACCUUAGGGCUGUAUAAAUGUCAUCUUGAAUAGUUAACCAAAUUAUAUUCCAUAAAGUGUGUUUACAAAAUAUAAUUGAGUUCAACCACUGAUCACUAGAUAUUUAUGGUCAAUCAGUAUUAUAUAAUUUAAGUUUUUUUUUUUUUUGUAAUCAUACUAUUUUUAUAAUUUUAUAAUUGCCAAAUUUGGCUUACAUAAAUUACUUCUAAUUAUAAUUUCCAUUAAUUUGUUUUGAAUCUAUUAUUAUUAUUUUUACUUUUUUUAAAACCAUUGUGUGUAAUUGACUAUGAUAAGUGAUUUUUUUCGAUAUUGAAUAAUUAAAUUUAUUUGUUUCUUCA